GUUAUGUUGUAUUAAUUUUUAAAGCCGUGAAACAUUUCUCUCUUCAUUUUGCUAAACUUUUUGGUCCGCAUUUCACAUAUUUUCGAUUUAAUUUCAUCGAGAUGUGAUUGUAGCUUUUGAUGAAAAUCAAAGGCUCGAUAAAGCAUGUCAUACUGAUGAUGGUUUUAAUGGACUAACUCAUUGCUCUAGAUAACCCUAGCUGAACAUUUUCCCGGAAAUAUUUUUUGGGGGUUAUUUACAACAUAACACAUUUUUCACUUUAUAGUCAGAGUGGAAAAAGAAAAAUACGUUAUCAUGAUAAAGAUACUAAGGCAAGAAGCGAUCUCAUUUUUGGUUUUUAUGAUUAGUCUUUUUACUGAUGCGACCGCUUGCAAUCAUUCAGCCGUCGAAGAGAUACAGACCAUUGCAAGAAGACUUAGACUUUACCCUCAUGUUAUCAAAACCAUUCCUUCGAAUAUCGUUGAGGUAACGUACGGUGGGCGUAAACUAGAAUUAGGUGGGUUGUUGCAUGCAGACGACCUUAAUGACCCACCUCUUGUUUCAUGGCCUACAAAGGAAGAUGCCCUUUACGUUUUGGUGCUUUCAGGUCCAGAUGCUAGUGACUUGGACAGUGCACAAAAUUCUUACGAGCAUUGGUUAAUAGGUAACAUCCCUGGCACAGAUUUAGAGAAAGGAGAGAAACUUUCUGAAUAUGUUGGACUGGUGAAAACCGCUUAUAGACAAGGUGAAACUCAUCGCCUCAUUUUUUACGUCUUCGAACAGCCUGAUGGGAAGCAUUUACAGUUCGAGGGAGAGCGAAUAAAAAAGGAGUUAGAGGUUACAACAUUAUUUUAUGUCGACAUGUUUCAGGGACACUGGCAGUAUCAGAAAAAUGCUUUCUCUUGAUGCUUUUGAGAAACAUUAUAAACUGGGAGACCCGUAUGCGAUCCAUUUCUUUGAGGUUUUCUUCAAUACGACACAUAUGUGAUGAUGUAUGAUAUUUCCGCAAUGAAAUCAUUACGUGUGCGCAUAAUUUGUUAAAAAUUAAUCUCCGUUUCUUUUUUUCUCGUUAUCUUUAGCAUCACCACUAAUGAUACUAUCACUAUUACUAUACUUCUUUACUUUUUAGAGGGAGAUUAAUCUAACCCUUUGACUGUCACUGUCAGCCAUGUAACUAAACAGCUCUCUGAUCGAUGGGAACUCGACUGCCGUUCGAUAAAUUAGAAAGUGCAAUUGCAUCGUGCAGGGUCGAUCUUUCAAAAUAUGAUCUAAACAAAAUUGAUUCUUCGAAGCAUCUUUGAAUACAGCCCUCUCCCUUAUUUUCUCGCCUUCUGCACUUCUCAGACAUGUAUCCACUGGGCAUACGUCCAGUUCCAGAUUGCACAGUCUUCCAGGGUUGGCUGCACAACAGGGGCGCAUUUUUUGGGUCGAGAGAAAGUUGAUUUCUUCCUCCAAUAGUGUUUUUUGUCUCUUUUUUUUAAGUACUCUAGUUCGUCGAAACUGCAGUCUACCUCUAAAAUUUUUAUGCACGUUAUCAUCGAAUAUUGGCGACGAUUAUGGACCGUAACUGGUGUAAAGAGGUUUUCCUCGCUUACUGUUUAGCGCUAAAUGCAUCCAUUGCCUCAGAAAUAUUCAAAACUCAAAAAAAGAAGAAGAAAAAAAGGUCAAGAAGAGAUUUCAAGAGGUCUUGGUUCUUCCAAAUAAGAGUACGCGGCUCUCCUUCUUUUAUUUAUCAUUUGUAUGCAGCAUGAGGUGGUCUAAAAAUGUCUCUUUCUUUUUAGAAGCAAAGAUUCGUAGAAAAGUUUUGCUAAAAAACAAAAUUGUGCAAGAAAUUUGAAAGAGAUUAUUGGAUUUAAAAAUAAAAUUAUAAGAUUUCACAUUUUC